AUGGAUAUAGCGCAAUAUCUCGGGGAGAACGGCUCCAACCAGCCCAUCCGCUGCAUCGACAUGCACACCACAGGAGAACCCACCCGCAUCGUCUACUCCGGCUUCCCAACCCUCUCAGGGACUCUCCUCGAGCAACGAGACCAAGCCAAACAGCAGCACGACCACAUCCGCAAACGACUGAUGCUCGAACCCCGCGGCCAUGACGGGAUGUACGGCGCCAUCAUCCGUCCGGAGACGGAGCUGGUCUCGUCCGGAGCCGCCCACAUCGGGGUCCUCUUCAUCCACAACGAGGGGUUCUCGACCAUGUGCGGACACGCGACCAUCGCACUGGGCCGAUUCCUCAUCGACACACACGACUACAAUGUAUUCCCGCGCCGCGAAGACCUUGUCUUCGAAGCAGACACGCAGACCGUCAAACUAAACAUCCACGCCCCCUGCGGUCUGGUGCGAGUGACGGUCCCCGUCACGGCUGAUGGGCGAAAAUCCGACCCCUCACGGCCGGUGACGUUCCUAUCCACGCCGGCAUUUGCAACACGCACUCAGAUGACGGUCCCCAUUGCGCCAGAGAUCCGAUGGCCCGAGCUGAGGGGCAGAGACUCCAUCGUGCUGGAUGUCAGCUACGGCGGCGCAUUCUACGCCAUUGUCCAGGCGAGCGAGCUCGGCUUCGACGGCGGCUUGCGGGAGCUGGACCUCGAUGCGAUGACGCGCUGCGUCCAGAAACUCAAACCCUACCUCAUGAGACUGCCGGAGGUUCAGGCUGCGUUUCGGCAUCCGCAGGACCAGCGCUUAUCGUUCCUCUACUCUGUGAUGGUUGUGGACUCCACGCUUGGGUUUCAACCUGAUGUUGUGCAAGGCACAGAGACAGGGCUGUGCUACUUUGCAGAAAAUCAGAUCGACCGAUCGCCGACGGGGUCCUGUGUGACGGCACGGAUGGCGCUCGCUUAUGCAAAGGGGGUAAGAUCUCUAGGUCAGCGCUGGGCGUAUAACUCCUUGGUUUCGAAUCACUUCGAGACAGGAGCUUUCAGCGCUGAGAUUGUUGAGGAAGUGUCUAUUGACACAGUAGAUGGUGGGGGACUCAACGCAGUCAUUGUCCAGGUCGAAGGCCAAGCAUUCUAUACCGGAGCAUCAGUGUUUGUGGUGGAACAUGAUGAUAAAAUAUCGUCAAGCGGGUUUACAAUGGAGAAGGUUGCCCUUGGCCCGGGUAUGGAGUCUUAG